UGCGAGCAUUGACCGUGCACGAGUGCUGGCAAAAACGGGCCAGCGAGCGCACGGAGCGCUUGCGUGCCGACUCGAGCACCUACCCACCUGAGCGACAUACACCGACCGGCAGAGAUGAAGGCGUGCAUCUGGAUGAACCUCCUGCUCUGGCUUGGUGUAAUCGUCGCCGUGCUCUCUACGGCGCAGGCCGAGGAUACCGCAGCCGGCAAGCUGUCCGCCAGGGACCCGAAAAUAUAUUUCGGUGGUCUAUACUCGACGUUGACGAGGCUCCGGGUGUCCCUAACCACCACGGGAACUCGAUUCUUUACGUGCAUUACCAGCAUCAACAACGCCCUCACUUGCACGGGAAGGAGGCGCCGGAGGAACAUUAUCCCUGCUGUCAACUUUGCGACCGGGAGUUCUGAGUUACAGGCUCCGGCCAUGCCGAUGGUGCACAGCUCCAUGUCAGGCGCCCCAGAGGCUGGCGUGAAGACGAACUCGGAGGUGCGCGACCCGAAGGGGCUCUUCCUCACCAUCUUCACCACCAGUACCAGCACCGUAACCUUGGGCACCUACUUCUCCGACACGGGCACCACGGUCUCGGUCAGCUUCGGCUGCUUCGACCCGUCCUUCAGCUUCCCACCCUUCUGCGGCUAGGAAGUGAGGUCAUGUCUUCCCCCGCACCGCCUCUCGACGUGCUCUACCAUCCCCGGCCGUCCCUAGCCAGACCUGCCGUGUGCGCGCUAUGUCCCUGGUGCCAGCCUGGGGGUGGUGUUCAUUGUUUUCACCUCCAGACUGGCAAAGGGUGCCAGUGUGAUCGGUCAACACGUUAUUGUAUUUCGACGCGGGCCUGUGAUGGCCAUCUGAGCGCCGCCCAUGCUUCGCAA